AUAGCGGCAGAAGGCAGAACAAGAAGAUUAGUUUUGGUCUAUCCAUUGAGCCUUGAGAGAGGAAAAGCCAUGACAGCCCGUACCAGUACUAGUACUCGCGGCACUACCACUGUGGUGAUCUUGGACACAAUCUUGUUCCUCCUCUUGCUAUUCAUUGAACCUUCUGGGGCGUUUCUUCUUCCAUCUAAUCACAACCUCAUCAGAGCUCCCAAUAAAUUACAAGUCAUGUCGUCGUACAUGGAAACCAUGCAAGAGGCCGCGACAAAGUCAUUGGGACGUCCCGUUCAGUUGGAACCUGCCAGUGGGGGUGGAAUGUCCGGUGGCGGUGGCGCCAGUACGUCGGCUGUAAUCGACAAGGAAACCGGUGACAAAUACUUUGUCAAGUCGGCCACCAACAAGGGCAACAUGCUGCGAGCCGAGUAUCUCGGUGUCAAGGCCAUGGCCGACACGCACACCAUUCAGACUCCCACUCCCAUUGCAUUUGGCCAAUACGACAAUAAAGCCUUUGUCUUGUUUGAAUAUCUCGACUUUUGUGGCGGCGGCUCGCAGUUUGAGUUGGGCGUCCAAUUGGCCAAAAUGCAUCGAUCGCUGUCGCCUCAUAAUAACAAUGGACAGUUUGGAUUUGACGUUGACAAUACCAUUGGAGCCACACCGCAGCCCAAUUUACCAUGGAUGACAGAUUGGGCCGACUUUUGGGAUACCCAUCGAUUGGGACACAUGUUGAAAUUGACCGGAAAUUGUGGUCUCUCCAAACCGCAAGUCGAAGAAUUACGGACCAAAACACGACAACUCUUGUCGCACCAACCGGCACCCAGCCUUCUUCAUGGAGACUUGUGGGGUGGAAACAAGGGAUUUUGCAAAAAGGAUGGUAACGUGGUACCCGUCAUUUUUGAUCCAGCCACGUAUUAUGGAGAUCGAGAAGCCGAUGUAGCCAUGACUUAUCUUUUUGGAGGCUUUAGCGGAGACUUUUACCAAGGAUAUGAAUCCGAGUGGCCACUGCCGGAGGGCCAUGAGAAACGAAAGGUCGUCUACAACUUGUAUCACAUCAUGAAUCAUUACGUCUUGUUUGGUGGAGGAUACCUUAGUCAGGCCAAAGGCAUGAUACAACAAAUUUUGAGAAUGUAAAACUGCAAAGGUUGAAUUUUAUGGAGACCAGUCUUUCUUUCGGCUUGCUUACUCCUUCGCCGCGCUUGUUGUUCGAGCCCCAUUUUAUAGCACUAUCUAGGGUCGUAGAUGGACGACACCAUGAGGUUGUUCUGAAGCUUUUCUAUUUCAGGGGUUGACGACCUUGGGAUGCUGACUACCUUGCUAGAUUUGCGUGUCUUCAUGAAAAUUGAGCCUGCCGCCUGUGAGGUGUUCUCUUUGCACAAAGUUGUGCCAAUCCCUACCUUGUCAAGGAUUCGGCAAGGAGCCAGACUGGCUACUACAGUACCUACCCAUCUGUCACAGACGCAGAAGGCUCACGGAGAAGGGUACCUACCACGUAUGGUUCAGGCAUUGGUGGCUGGAAUCGAAUCAUGGCCACUGCCUACGACUACUGCCGUCGAUCAGCAUUGCCUCACCUUCUCCUUCUGAAUCAAGACUUCUACGCCGAUCCUUGCUUUGAAACGACUGUUGGGUCAACCAUUGACUUUGAGCCAGCCACCCAGUGAGAAAGAUUGCUAUCUCAACGUUCUCCAGGCUGGUGUAUGGUGCCCCAAGCCUUCCUCCGUCAUGUCUUCACAGUAAGGAAGCCUGACGAAGCUGUGAAUUGGCUCUGUGCUGUCAUCCACGACGACUUCAGCAAGACCUGGAAACUCAACAACUUUCACAACAAAAAUGUCACUGUCACGAUGUGUAUCUGCGCUUGCCCGUGGCGGAGGGACGUCUUGUUGCCUUUGGUGGCAAAUCAAUGGGUUGUUGGACGGUCCUGCAUGCCACAUGCCACAUUUGUACAAUCCCUUCCUUGAACCAGAAUCAUUGUGCCCACACAUCCAUUGUGCACUUUUCAGGAGACCCCAAGGGUAACAUCAAGUGCCAGAAAAGUAGCACGGCCUCUUCACGUCUCAGAUGAUUGCGUCCCAAAAAUCUGCGAUGGAAUCCGUGUUUGGCUACCGUACGAUGGCCUCCUCUAUGAUGCCACUCCUGCCAGUCCAUCCAGUUGCUUCUGCGGAAUCUUUCGUAAACGCAACAGCUAUUCAUGCAUUCAUAUUACUUCUAGCUAGCUAGCAGCUGUUCUAGCUAGCUAAUCGCUACGGUAAAACUAUAGACUACUAUUACUUG